CUGGAGCCAUGGGGUGGUGGCAGCUGCCCCUGAUGCUGGUGAUGGCCCCCUGGCUCCCUGGAAGCCCAGGCACGCAGGCAAGGGGACCUGGCUUGUGGCAGUGGGUGGCCCUGGUGUUCUGGCUCCCCGGGGUGCACCCCUGUCUGCUCUGCUUCUGGCCCAACGUUCGGCAGGUACGCCUCUGCCAGGACAUUACUGGGGCCCCUGUGAGGGAUCCCCGGCACCGCCACUGCCUUGAGGAUAUUGACCAGGCUGCUGCGUCGCUCGCCUCCGUCACUGUGGGGUCGGGGCAGCGCAAGGCACUUCAGGAGAUCGUAAUGGAUGCCCUGCAUUUUCUGGAGAAGGAGAAGGGCAAGAAGUCUUUUGAGGUGUCUCUGCAGGAAGCCGUCAACACAAUCUGGGUGAAGCUGAGCCAGCUGGAGGAAGCUCCAGCCUGCAUCCCCCCCUGUGGAUAUCAGCCUGAUGCCCACGUCUUCCAGUGUGCUACCUGCCGCCUCAAGGAGUGCCAGCUCCCCCUGGACUGCCCAGUGCAGGACGUGCAGGUGCACACAGAUGAAGCCAUCACGCUGCUCUGCGAUGUACCCUUUGCCACCCCCCCCAACCUGUCCGUUACCUGGAUGUUUGCCAAGGAUGCGCACACACAGGACCUGGCACUGUUUGAGGAGCUGCAGGUGGCUGUGGAGGGACUUUUCAACCUGACCGUGCAGGACCCCGCUCCAGGAACCGUCGCCUGUCACCUGGGAGUCCCUUCUGAGCCCUUGGCCCGCAAGUACUUCUACCUCAACGUAUCAGAGGGAAGCGUGGAGGCAGAGCAAGGACUCCAGGCUCAGUUCAGGGCUGUGCUGCACUGGCCCCAUGGCAGGACCUCUGGGAUCCACAUGGUAUUCCUGACACUGGGGCUGGCGCUUGGUUCCAUGGUGCUUGUGCUGCUGCUGCUGCAAGUCCUGACCUGGUAAACCUCACUCUGCAAAUACCCCUGCUUUUGAGGCUGUCCACAGACCACCAUGGGAAUGCCAAACCCUGUUGGACCCUCGGUCCCUUGCAAU